AUGUCGUCGACCGUCAUUGUCCUGCCUGGCCAGGAGCUGUCGCCAGAUCAGCUGCCUUCUCAAAACACUACUCGCACAUUGACUCUUGGUCCCGGUCUACGACACAUUCCACCAGUCACGAUCGUCGCAACUCAAGCUGGAGAACUAUGCACCGAUUCAAAGAAGAAUGCCAUCUGGAUUGAGAACCUUGGAGGCCGCUAUCUCCCUCACACCGGCGACCUUGUUGUCGCCAUGGUCCAACGCUCCUCCACCGACAUGUAUCACUGCACUCUGACGCCGCAUACUCCCUCUGUCCUGCUCGGUCAGCUCGCUUUCGAAGGCGCUACCAAGAAGACACGACCCCAGCUCAACUCCGGAGCUCUUGUAUACGCUCGUGUAUCCAAGGCAGACAAGUGGAGCGAUGUCGAGAUCGAAUGCGUCAAUCCUGCUACUGGAAAGUCGGACGGUCUUGGUCCGCUCAAGGGUGGCAUGCUGUUUGAUGUCUCGCCAGCAUUUGCCCGUCGCUUGAUGAUGGGUGCUGGAAAGGGUGGUGUUAGCCUGCUUGAAGAGAUUGGUGAGAAGGUCAGGUUCGAGGUCGCUGUUGGCAGAAAUGGAAAAGUCUGGGUCGACAGCUCAUCCAUCGCAGAGACUGUCGCUAUUGGAAGAUGCUUGACCGAAACGGAUGAGAAGGAUUUGGACCUUCAGGCACAGAAGAAGCUUGUCAACAAGUUGGUCAAGACUGUCUGA